AUGGUGGCACCGGGACAUCUCCCCGAUGCAGGUUUGGGAUUGCCGCCGGGCUCGCUGACCCACAGCAAGGAGUUGAGGCACGAUAAGCCGCCAGCAGGCGGUGCCGCGGCUCCUGUGGAUUACGAAAGGUGCGAGAAGGCAAAUGCACAAUGUUCGCGCUCCAAACGCAUCUCGCUGCGCAAGGAACCGCAUCACAUCCACAAUGCUAAGGUGACAUGGAAAAAUUCCGUACCCUUUCGCGACACUCUUAUGCAUUUCCAGCGUUGA